AUCAUGCUUGACUUAACACAUAGCGCUACAUGCAAAAAGAGGUGGCGAGUGGCUUUCACUGCCAUCGCUUUCAUCAAGCCUCUUCUUAAGUCCAAAGACAUUAAUGCUAGGAGCCUCACGCGCUCCUUCUCAUUUGUAGCCAUUGAUGUGAACCAUGACCCCAAACUGCUCAUUGGAAUCGUGAGGGAGAAAAACAUGGAAUCAUUGACCCGAUUUGGAGGCGUGAAAGAAGUGGUUACACUUCUUCAAACCGAUGUGAAGAGUGGCGUCAGAGACAACCAGGUGGAAAUUGAUCACAGAAAGCAUGUCUUUGGUGUCAACAUGUUCCAGAAACCUCCAGCCAAAGGUUUUUUGUCCUUUGUACUUGAAGCUUUUAAGGAUACCACAAUUAUUAUCCUUUUGGUUUGUGCUGUGCUUUCCCUUGGCUUUGGUAUAAAGCAACAUGGGUGGAAGGAUGGAUGGUAUGAUGGAGGUAGCAUCAUAUUGGCUGUUAUUUUGGUUAUUGUUGUCUCUUCUGUGAGCAACUUCAAGCAAUCUAGACAAUUUGAAAAACUUUCUGCCAAGAGUGACAACAUAGGAGUUGAAGUUAUUAGAGGAGGUAGACACCAAACCAUAUCAAUCUUUGAUGUGGUGGUUGGUGACAUUGUUUACUUGAAGAUUGGUGAUCAGGUUCCAGCUGAUGGGUUGUUUUUGGAAGGGCAUUCAUUGACGGUGGAUGAAUCUAGCAUGACAGGAGAAAGUGAUCAUGUGAAUGUAAACGGAAACACAAACCCUUUUUUGAUCUCUGGGACAAAGGUUACUGAUGGAUUUGCAAACAUGCUUGUUACUUCUGUGGGUAUGAACACUGCAUGGGGUGACAUGAUGAGUUCCGUAACUAGAGAGCUUAAUGAGGAGACACCUUUGCAAGCACGUCUCAACAAGUUGACUUCUGGUAUUGGCAAAGUUGGGUUGUUGGUGGCUGUUAUUGUUCUUGUGGUCUCUAUGAUACGUUAUUUCACAGGAAGCACAAGAGAUGACAUGGGGAACCGGGAAUUCUUUGGAGGCAAGACUAGUUUUGGUGAUGCUAUGAAUGCAAUUGUGGGAAUUGUUGGCGCAGCAGUGACAAUUGUGGUGGUGGCAAUUCCUGAGGGGUUGCCUUUAGCUGUUACUUUGACUCUGGCUUAUUCUAUGAAGAAAAUGAUGAGGGAUAAUGCCAUGGUGAGGAAAAUCUCUGCUUGUGAGACAAUGGGAUCAGCAACAACAAUUUGCACUGAUAAAACUGGUACCCUUACACUGAAUGAAAUGAAGGUGACAGAGGUUUGGGUUGGGAAAGAAGCAAUAGCAGAAGAUGGCUAUUUGAAUCCUAGAUUGGUGCAAUUGUUGAAAGAAGGAAUUGCUUUAAAUACCACUGGAAGCGUUUACCAACCCCAUCAAAAUUCUGUGCCUGAAAUUUCAGGCAGUCCAACUGAGAAAGCAUUGCUUUCUUGGGCUGUGUUGGGUUUGGGGAUGGAUAUUGAUGAAGUGAAGCGAGAUUGUGAAAUAAUUCAUGUGGAGACUUUCAACUCUGAGAAAAAGAGAAGUGGGAUUCUGAUGAAGGGGAAUAGAGGAGGAAGCACACUUCAUACACACUGGAAGGGAGCUGCUGAGAUGAUAUUGGCAAUGUGUUCAUACUAUUAUGAUCAUAGAGGGAGAAUCAUGACCAUGGGUGAUGAAGAAAGGGUUCAAAUUGAGGACAUUAUCAAUGGCAUGGCAACCAAAAGUUUGAGAUGCAUUGCCUUUGCGGAAAAGUGCUGCACAGAGAACAAUGGGCAGGUAUGUGAAAAGCUUGAAGAGAGGAGACUAACAUUGCUGGGGAUACUUGGAUUGAAAGACCCUUGUAGGCCAGGAGUUGAAGCAGCAGUUGAAUCUUGCAAGAAUGCUGGAGUGAAUAUCAAGAUGAUUACAGGAGAUAAUGUGCACACAGCAAGGGCUAUAGCUUCUGAAUGUGGGAUUCUUGAUCCUAAUGAAGAAUUGGAUAAAGAAUCAGUGGUUGAAGGCUUUCAAUUCAGAAACUACUCACCUGAGGAAAGAAUGGACAAGCUUGACAAAAUCAGGGUCAUGGCCAGAUCAUCUCCACUUGACAAGCUUUUGAUGGUUCAAUGUUUAAAGCAGAAGGGUCAUGUGGUGGCAGUCACAGGUGAUGGCACAAAUGAUGCACCUGCUUUGAAAGAAGCAGAUAUUGGACUUUCUAUGGGAAUACAAGGCACUGAAGUGGCAAAAGAGAGUUCAGAUAUUGUGAUCCUUGAUGACAAUUUUUCUUCUGUGGUAACAGUACUAAGAUGGGGAAGAGGUGUGUACACAAACAUUCAGAAGUUCAUUCAGUUUCAGCUCACAGUCAAUGUUGCUGCACUUGUCAUCAACUUUGUAGCUGCAGUUUCUUCUGGUAAAGUGCCUCUUACAGCAGUGCAGCUUUUGUGGGUAAACCUCAUAAUGGACACUCUUGGUGCUUUGGCCUUGGCCACUGAGGAACCCACUAAUGAUCUCAUGAAGAUGCCGCCUGUAGGUCGACAUGAGCCACUUAUAACCAAAGUUAUGUGGAGAAACCUCAUUUCACAGGCACUGUAUCAAGUGGCUGUCUUGUUGGUUUUACAAUUCAAGGGAAGAUCAAUCUUUGAUGUCAAUGAGAAAGUGAAGAACACACUUAUUUUCAAUGCUUUUGUCUUAUGCCAAGUCUUCAAUGAGUUCAAUGCUAGGAAACUGGAGAAGAAAAACAUCUUUGAGGGACUAGGUAAAAAUAAGUUGUUUAUAGUAAUCGUGGGCCUAACUAUAGCUCUUCAGAUAUUUAUGGUUGAGUUUCUGAAGAAGUUUGCUAACACUGAGAGAUUGACUUGGGAACAGUGGGGUGUUUGCAUUGGCAUUGGUGCUUUGUCUUGGCCAAUUGGACUCCUCGUGAAGUAUAUCCCAGUUGUUCCCAACUACCAGUAG